AUGGAUAAGUCAUGGAUUAUUAAGCCACAAUCAUCGAUUGCGUAUCAAAAAGGAAUACAAGAAUUUAUUGAUUUUGCAUUCAAAGGUGCAAAAGAAAACGACGUAGUAAUAUGUCCUUGCAAACGUUGCGGUUUCAGAAAAUUAAAGAGUAGGAGUGACAUGUUCGACCACUUAAGUUGGUCACCAUUUCCGCAGGGAUACACCAUGUGGAUCCAUCACGGAGAGUCUUUUGUACGAUCUAGUACUAUCUCCCCUAGUACUACUCCAAGUAUGGUAGAAGAUACUAACAUUGUCGAAGAACCUAUUCAGAACAUGAUCAACGAUGCAUUUGGAGUUUAUGGGAAUCAUGCAAAUGAAAUACCAUCUGCGUCAAAUUUGGAGAUUGAACAAGAAGAUUAUGUGAUGCCAAGUUCAACUCAGGAAAGAAACGAAGCCAAGGAGUAUUAUGAGUUGGCUAGAGAAGGAGAACAACCUUUAUAUGAAGGGUGUAGACGAUAUUCAAGACUAUCUUUUUUGGUUAAGUUGUACCAUAUAAAGUGUUUAUGUGGAUUGAGUGAGAAGGCAAUGACAAUGAUUUUAGAGUUAAUAAAAGAUGCAUUUGAAUAUGCAAACAUUCCAAGAUCAUUCUAUGAAGCCAAGAAAUCAAUCACAAAACUUGGGUUGGGUUCACUUUCUGGGUGGAACACAUACACAGGACUUGCUUGCCCAUCGUGUAACUUUCAAACUACACCUCUCCGUCUUAAAGCUAGUCGUAAAUGGUGUUUUAUGGGUCAUCGUCGUUUCCUUGAUCGGAGACACAGGUUUAGAUUGAACAAGAUCCGCUUUAAUGGUGAACAAGAAAUGCGGAGUCCACCGAGAACAUUAUCUGGACAUGAAGUUUUUGAAAAGGUUAAAGAUGUUGAAGUCAUCUUUGGUAAAAAGGCAGUGAAAGAAAAAUCAGUAAAAAGAACACGUGAGGAACAACCUAUAGAAGGUGAUAGUACACAAUGUGAUCCUACAAAAGAAGUUAAACUUGGAGGUCCUGUUCAUUAUCGAUGGAUGUAUCCUGUUGAAAGGUACUUGGGAAAACUUAAAUCGUAUGUACGUAAUAAGGCAAAACCAGAAGGGUCUAUUGCAGAAGGAUACCAUUUUGAAGAGAUUCUUACAUUUUGUUCAAGAUAUCUAGAAAAUAUUGAGACUAGAUGGAAUCAACCUGGACGUGUAGAUGACGACCCUAUUGAUGAUAUCCAAACUGCUUCACGUGCUCAUAGACACGUUUUAACAAACUGUCCAAUAGUUGACGACUAUCUAAAGCAGUUCCGAAGUUUUACUCAAAACCAAAUGAGGCGCAGUCAAAGAAGUGCUACUGAGAUAGACAAGAAGGUUCAUAAGGAGUUUGUGCAUUGGUUCAGCAAUCGUAUUCGCAACAAUCUUGACAACAUUCAUGGGCCAGAUAAAGAUGUUCUCAUUAGUCUUGCUCAUGGACCUUUUGAUAAAGUUAAAAGAUUUACCGCAUUCAAUGUCAAUGGAUUCAAGUUUCGAACGUUGGAACGAGACAAUCUUUUAAAAACUCAAAAUAGUGGAGUUUUUGGCAUGUUUGGGACACGAAGUUAUUCAAGCAAUAAUGAUACCCAAAUGAUAUUUGGAGGGGUCCCUUACUAUGGAAGAUUAAUAGAUAUUAUUGUGCUUUCCUAUGAUGGCUUCACAGUGCCCAUGUUUAAAUGUGAAUGGGCUAAUACCAUAAACCCAAGAGGAAUUAAGAUAGAUAAGUUGGGUUUUACCUCUAUAAACUUUGCAAGACUACUACAUACUAGUGAACAUGAAGAUAAUGAGCCAUAUAUUCAAGCAUCUGAAGCUCAUAUGGUUUUUUAUGUAGAUGAUGAGAGUGAACAAGGAUGGAGCAUACCUGUUCAUUUGAAGCCAAGAGACUUGUAUGACAUGGGUGGAAAUGAUGAAAUUAUGACACCCAUUGAGCCAUAUCCAUCACAAAAUUUGGAACAAAUCUUUUCAAAUGAUGAUCUUGGAACUUCAGCGACAAAUGAUGACAAUAGUUAA